AACCGUUUACCCCUGAGGCACACAUGCCUUCCUCAAGACAGACGCCUUUAAACCAACUGGUGCAAAACUACACCGACACCGAAAUUAAUGUGGAAUAAUUCGUCCAUUCAGACAUUAAUUUAACCCUUUAACUGGAUUGAUUAAAACCCCAUUUUCCAUUGAGAUGCAAGGCGGAUGCCUACUACAAGUCGUCUUCGCCUUAACAUCGCUCAUUCUAUCAAAAGCAGAAGAUGUGAUCGGAUCAGGUCACUCCUGUCUCAGAUCACGUCCUGCUGACGAUGGACACACGCGCGUCACUUUUCUGCGAGGGGACAAGGCCGGCGUGCGCUCCCUGUACCUCAGCCUGUGGUCCGAAGAUAUGAGACUGGUAACAUGCGAAGUAAAUACCGACCCACUCGUUACGGAAAGAUACCGCAGUCUUUGCGCCAGAAGCGGCGCCCAGGGUCAAGAAGUCACCAAGAUGUUUAAUAUCGGUGCGUUGCUGGCUCCGGAUGCUCCCUGCGCGCUUGUCUCCUCUGGUGCGCCAAAGUUUACCAGGCGCACAAGAAGAGAUGGGUCAGAAGGGAAAGCGCGGAGGAAACGCACCUGGAUAUUUCCAGGGACGCUGUGGUGCGGUACUGGAAGCAAAGCGGUCGGAUACGAACAGUUAGGGAUGUUUGAGAGUGCAGAUAGAUGCUGCCGUGAGCACGACCACUGCCUGCAUGUCAUCCCAGCUUUCACGGUGAAUUAUGGAACCUUCAACCCCAAAUUCUUCACCGUCUCACACUGUGACUGUGACCAAAGGUUUCGACAGUGCCUUCUUGGUGUGAAUGAUACCAUUUCCAAUAUGGUGGGCUACAGUUUCUUCAACAUCCUGCAGGUUCCCUGCUUUGAGCUUAAACAGCAGAAGCAAUGCAUGGUGAUGCACUGGGGGGGAACGUGCAAAGUAGCCAAAGAAGUUCCAUAUGCCGUCUUCAAAAGCCCCCUUCCUUACAACACUUCUGAUAUUACAAGCAAAUAUGGGAACAACACUGACAGCAACAUAUUAACAAGUACUGAGGGGCCUGUACCCGAAAGCCCCGCGAUCAACCCACACAUAAAGUCACCAAAUAGCGAACAUAGAUGUAGCUCCGGAGACCCACCAAGAGGAGACACUUUCUACCGCAGAAGUACGAAAGGGAAAGGAUGUAAAAAGCACCGGAAACUGUGUACAGUAGCACCCUCUCAAAUACCCCCAAUAUCAAGAGCACACACCACUACUCCUUCAAUGAAAAAGGCUUUUUUAAAUGCUUCUAAAAGUAGCGCGUUGAUGUCAAAUAAAAAAAGAGUUGGAAAAAAGAAGAGCACCAGAAAGUGCCUGUCAGCUUACCCCACACAGAGAAGCGAAGUUCCACCACAGGUGACCACACCCUCUUAUCCACCAACAACAUCUACAACACUCCUGAGAGAUGAUGCUUUUCGGCCUCACUGUAAAAGUUGUCUUGAACAAAGAAAGAACUCUCACAAGGCAACAGUUACAUCCUCAACAACUACACUCGGAUUACCGAUCAAAGUGACAACACUUGAGACGCUGCGGCUCAAAAAGACAACUGAAACACCCAAACGAGACAGUCUGAAAACACUGUGGAGUACAGCUACUUCUGCAAUGCUGGUCACAACAAAACUAAAGACAGCAACCUCCCUUCAUGAGAAUGGCAAGCCACUAAAGCAGAUGGAUUCCCAUCUACUAUGGGGUAACACAAACCAGAAGCCCAUGGGUACAACCCAAGCCCAAAACACACAAGCAGAGAGAGGCCUGAAACAAAAUAUUGCAUUACAUAAUAUGACAGACAAUCAGCUCCUGUGUGGAAGCCUCAAACAUCUGGAUGAGUGUAAAUACAAAAUCCCUCCUUUGGAGAAGAAGUAUGAUCUGCAGAACAUGGAGUCAAAGACUGCCUACCACUGUGAUUGCACCAGCCGCUUGGCGGUUCAGAUUGAAAGCUUCAAGCAGCCCAGUAUUCUCCCCACACUCCUGAUGGAUUUCGUCUCUCAGUACUGCUUUAAACUGCCAAAGGAGAAAAAAUGCCACAGCAGAAAAAGCUGUUUUGGAAGCUUCACUGACGCCUCUGACCUGCUUCGAGCACUUAAGAAGACAGAGGAAAGAGACACUGGUCGAGUGCGAAAUUCAGGCAAUGCCAGAAAAAGAGGGAUUCCUGUUCGCCUUUAUAAGCGAUGCCUAAGGCUGGAAAGAGAAGCUGAUAUUAUGGCACAACCCACACAAUUAUAGACUAAGCUGCUAUGUGCAGCAAUAAUGAAUUUUAUAAGCUUUACAUUUCAUGCAGCAUUUUCUGUUUCUUUCUGUUUAAAAUGGCAGUGUGUUGAAAACAUUCAAGGACUCAAACCCUUGAAUGUUUGUAAUAUAUUUGUACGUAUGCCAUGGAUGUAAAUGUAAUAUAUUUUAUAAAGAAUUUAUAAAGUAAUACAAAACUGCAAACCAUCAGAUUGUGCAUUAAACAUGUGAUAAAAUCAUUUAUA